UCAGAGUCCCUUGGUUUUCAUCCGAUGUCCCCAUGUCCCCUUUCUGGCCCAGUAUCCCACCUAGGACACCCCCUACAAAGGAGUAUGGACUAUGUAUUUUCUUUCGUUGCUGGGAUGGGGGGUGGGGGAUGCUAUUGCAUGUGCUCCAGGAAAGCUCACCACCUUGAAGCCGAGUUUCUGUGGUCCAGGCUGACCUCAGGGCCUGGGGGUCACUUGGGAGUCGUGUGUCUUGACAUUUUAUUCUACUCCCAGGCCUCUCUCCAGCGUGUUCUUUGUCUCGUCCCCUCUUAGGCCUCAGUUUCCCCCUCUGGAAAACGAAGGCAUUGGGCUAGUUUCUUCUGUACAGGCUGAGUCCUGAGGUAGAAGGAUGAGUGAAGUUUUCUGAGCCUUUUCCUGGGGCAGAGGGAGCUGGCAGGCAUCGGCAUGUCCCAGCGCUGGGACCCAGAUCUCACUGAACACCACGUGGGGGCCAAUGCUCUGACCUUGGGCUUUUCAAGUAAAGGUCAGGGGCUGUCCUGCUUUGCUGCUUCUUGCUGUGCACCUUAGACAAGGCCCUCUUCAGUUCUGAGCCUCGGUUUCCCUAUCUGGCCGGGCAUAGAGCAGAUUGCCCUGGGGAGCAGUGAGUUCGUGCAAGCAGGGCUGGGUGCUGCCAGGCUAGUGGCAGUGCUGGGCUCUGAGGGGCCUCCUGUGGGAUGAGGGGUCCAGUCUCUGUGUCCGUCCUUUUUCCCACACUUGACUCAGGGGCAGGUGGCUGGCUGUCACAGGAUGCCCACACACAGUUGUCCCCUCCCGCCCAGCUCAUGCCAGUAUUGCCUUUGCCCUGGGCCGAGGGAAGCUUGCCAAAUGUACCACACCCCUGGACCGUGGACUUCCAGGAGAUCGGAGGGAGGAAGCUCACCAUUAUUACCAGCCUGCCUUGUAGUUCUUUGGCUGCCAGUCCAGUCUGCUACCUAGGAAGCUCCCAGCACAGGCCAGGCUCUAGUCCUCAAGUACACCAGGCACCCCCUCCAAAGGAGCGAGAGAAACCCCGGAAAAGGUAAACAUGAGGAGCCCUGUGCCACCACUCCCUAAAAGCCUGAACUCUCCAUUCAGAAAAUGUCAGGGUUCUUCCAAGCUUCUGAGCCUCUGCAUCUGCUGUUUCUUCUACCACCAGUGCCCUCCCCGUUUUCUAGCUGUUUUGAACUCCUACUCAUCCUUCAAGGCCCAAUGCAAAAGUCCCCUCUACUGGACCCUCAGUACUCCUCCCACCUGCAUCACAGCACACAUCACCCUGAGUCACGAUGGGCCUCUUACGUGCCUGUGUCCCUGUAUUUCCCUGAAGGCAGGGGUGGGGCCAACACCACCGUGAGGUUGUCACAGACACGUCAGCUGCCUUCAGCGUUAAUACAAUAAAAGACGCUGGUAGAGGAAGAGAGAAUUGUUGUAGUGAACCUUUCUUGAACACCUGCUUACUGGCACUGUUGCAUCCAUUAUUCUCUAUCCUGCGCCGGCCCCAGUGGACCCUGUCACCGGCCCGUCGGUGCGGCCCGGGCAGCAGGAACGCGAGAGGGUGUGGGCCACAGGGAGAACCGGCGCUCCGGCGAGCCAGGCAGGGAGGGCUGGCGAGCGCGCCUGGGCGUCCUUGCACAACCUGGAGGCCGGGGGCUCUCGCGUGUCGCACGCUCACAGUCCCGUUUUCCCGCAGAGGUAGUUGUGGUCCCGAGACCCGCAGCAGCCGCCGCCAGACCCGAGGUGGCACCGCCCCUGGCCUGGCGCUCCUGGGGCGCACCUGGCCCCGCCUCCGAGUCCCCGCCCCGGGGCCCCAAGCUUUCCCGCGCGGCGCGGGCCGGGCGACAGGUGCAGCGCAGCCGAGCCGAGCCCCGCACUCCGCUCCGCGCCGCGCUCGCUCCCGGCCCCACCAUGGGCAACCGCGCGGGCCGCAGCGACUUCGAGUGGGUCUACACCGACCAGCCGCACACGCAGCGCCGCAAGGAGAUGCUCGCCAAGUAUCCGGCCAUCAAGGCCCUGAUGCGGCCCGACCCUCAUCUCAAGUGGACGGUGCUGGGGAUGGUGCUGGCACAGCUGCUGGCCUGCUGGCUGGUGCGGGGGCUGGCGUGGCGCUGGCUGCUCUUCUGGGCCUACGCCUUCGGCGGCUGCGUCAACCACUCGCUGACGCUGGCCAUCCACGACAUCUCCCACAACGCCGCCUUCGGCACGGGCCGCGCCGCCCGCAACCGCUGGUUCGCCGUCUUCGCCAACCUGCCGGUGGGCGUGCCCUACGCCGCCUCCUUCAAGAAGUACCACGUGGAUCACCACCGCUACCUGGGCGGCGACGGGCUGGACGUGGACGUGCCCACGCGCCUGGAGGGCUGGCUUUUCUGCACGCCGGCCCGCAAGCUGCUCUGGCUGGUGCUGCAGCCCUUCUUCUACUCGCUGCGGCCGCUCUGCGUGAACCCCAAGGCCCUGACCCGCAUGGAGGUGUUCAACGCCCUGGUGCAGCUGGCGGCCGACGCCGCCCUCUUCGCCCUCUGGGGGCUGAAGCCCGUGGCCUACCUGCUGGCCAGCACUCUGCUGGGCCUGGGCCUCCACCCCAUCUCCGGCCACUUCGUGGCUGAGCACUACAUGUUCCUCAAGGGCCACGAGACCUACUCCUACUAUGGGCCCCUCAACUGGAUCACCUUCAACGUGGGCUACCACAUGGAGCACCACGACUUCCCCAGCAUCCCGGGCUGCAACCUGCCCCUGGUGCGGAAGAUUGCACCCGAAUACUACGACCACCUGCCACAGCACCACUCGUGGGUCAAGGUACUCUGGGAUUUUGUGUUCGAGGACUCCUUGGGGCCCUACGCCAGGGUGAAGCGGGUGUGCAAGCUGGCAGAGGAACGCCUGUGAGCCUGACCCACUGGCGCCCGAGUAGAUGGACCGUGCUGUGCCCUAGCGGGCUGGCUGCCAGGCCUCACCCUGCCCCACCCACCUGCCACAGAGCUGGCUGUCACCGUCCCCCUAUCAGCCUAGUGCCCAGAACUGGUUUGGCUGCAUUUAGUUCCCGCGCCCUGGGCUGUCUGUCCCCUAGACUCCAAAUGACCACGCCUGGGGACAGGGGCACAGGCUAUAGCCUGGAGAAGCUUGGUCUGCAUGUGGACUUGCUGUUGACCUCAAGCCAGGCCUGCCCUUUCUGGGCCUCGCGGGGCCUGGCCCUGCCCCGGGUAUUGUGGCCAGUCCCCACGGAGCGGAUUUCUCUGGUGUUCCCAUGCCCUAAAUUAAGUCAGCGUUGUUUUCAUAUCCAGGGAUGUGCUUCGAGGGGGUGCUCUCAGCUGCAGCCUGGGCCUGAGAACGAGCC